ACGCAUCUUCCCAGCCUACAAAGUCCGGCUGUCUGGGCUGGACAAGAAGUCCAAGUACUUCCUGGUGAUGGACAUCAUGGCGGUGGACGACUGCCGCUACAAGUUCCACAACGGCAAGUGGACAGUGGCCGGCAAGGCUGACCCCGAGAUGCCGCGUCGCUGCUACGUCCACCCGGACUCGCCCUGUACUGGGGACCAGUGGAUGCAGAAGGUGGUCAGUUUCCACAAACUCAAGCUGACCAACAACAUCUCGGACAAGAAUGGAUAUAAAAAAAGUGACGCCUUCGAGCCUCGACGCCCGCUCGUCGUCCGUGUCCCACGAGGACCACGUGUCCUCCAACAGCGACGAGGAGGAGGACGAGGACAACGUGGAGAUCUGUGUGGACGACGACGACCAGCAGUCCGCCACAGGCGACCUGGAUGAGGAGGAGGACAGGACCAACCAACUGUUUAACGACGGGCGGAGAAUGGAGGUGGACCCGGAGACCCUGGGCUCCGAGGAGAAACUGUCUCUGGACUCUGGCAGACGGCACGACUCGGCGCCAGGCCGGGGCUCGCUAGGCCCGGAACCGCGUCAGCGAAGCCAGAGCCCACGCCGCAGUGCGCCGGCGGAGCCCGAGGCGGCGGCGUUGGGAAUACGCGGUGGCGGUGAGGAUAGUAACUGUGACGGUGAAGACGGUCAUAGAGUGAGGGACGCGUCUGAGGAGGGUGAGCGUGAAGAUGCCGCCGAUGAUGGCGGCAAAAUCACGCCGCCACCACCGCCGACUCCGGUGAGGAGUAAACCUGUUCUGAAGCAUAGCGCGGAGAGUUUGAUCGCCCGCACGCCGCCGCCUCCUGCUGCUCCCGCUACGUCGUUGUCAUCAUUAUCGUCCACAUCGUCUUUACCUUCAGCUGCUUCAGUUCACGGACAGCAACAGCAACUUGAAAAACCUUGUGGUGGUGACUCAAACGAUGAGAUGGUGGUGGACGAGGUGGUAGAGUGUUCGCCCUCUGCGAAGGCUGCUUCUAAAGACUCGAACCACAAUAGUACAAGAGACUGUGAAAAUAUGGCAGACUCCACUAGUAGCAGCAGCCAUCGUCGCUUAGCGUUUUCAUCGUCGUCAUCAUCAUCGUUUUUGAGGCAUCUGGGAGACAAUGUGGAUUCUGAGAACCGUCGACGAGAAAGAAGACCGUCUGUGGAUGAGGUGGGUGGGGGAGUGACGAGACACGAUUCUUCAGACUGCACAACGACAGCAACAACAGAUGGUGGUGUCGUUGGUGGUGGUGGUGGUAACAGAAGCUCGGGUCUACACUCGCCCGACGGUUACAGCGCCGACUCGGAGUCCGAGCAGACAGCACGCACAACACGACAACAACAACAGCAGCAACAGCUUUCACCUCCUCACGUACACACGCACGCGCCCCACCACCAUCAGCACCAGUCCCCGCAUAGACUAGCGGGACACCCUCACAGCGCCCCGCACGCCGGCCUACCUUUGUCUCAUCAUCAUCACCAACAUCAUCAUCACCAACAUCAUCAUCAUCAUUCUCGGGAGCAGGUGCUGUCCAGGCACGAAGAACAAUUGAAAGAACAGUUGAAACAGCAACAGCAGCAACAGAGUCAUCAUUACCAGCACCUCCUGCGGCUGGAGUCGGACAAAAGAGACUUAUUAUUCGAAAAGGAGAACCGGUUCCUCCAGGAACAGAAACUGCUGGCCAAGGACAGCCGCAGCCCGCCCAACGUAACGGUUUGCCAGCGGUCGCCGCUAGGUCACCCACACCCGUCUCUCUUCCCAGCCUUCCACCCGCAUCUGUUCGCCACCAGCGCGGCCUCGGCGUUUCACCACCCGAUGGCUUCUCUCUACAUCAAUACCAUGGCGGCCGCCGCCACACACCCGCACAUCUUGCCGCAGCUCGCCGCGCAGUCAACGCUCUCCUCCCUACCCUCCUCUCCGUCUAUCUCAGCGGCUGCAGCGGCGAUAACUGCCGGCGGCAGAAACACGCCGCCGCCGUCCGCUGUCUCUCCUCCUCACCAGCUUCGAUCUCCUUCUUCUUCUUCUUCCGCCGGCGGUGGCGUUGGCGGAAACCCGCCGCCGCAGCCAGCUCUGUCCACCACCACCACCACCACCCCUUCCUCCGUCUCCUCUCCGCUUUCCUCAACCUCUCCUACUUCCUCCUCACCUCCUCCUCAUCCUUCCUCUUCGACCACGUCCUCCUCAGCCCUCAACAACAUAUUCCUCGGCUCCCUGCCCCAUCACCCGGCCCACCCAGCCCACCACCCCCAUUCCCACCACCCCGCCUCCCUCCCAACAUCUCACCCCGUCGCCAUGGCGCGCGCGUUGGCGGCCUCCGCCGCGUUGCCGCUGUCGCACCCGCUGGCGUUUCUUCCACGCCACGCGGCGUCCCUGGGCCCAAUCUUUCACGGCCGCUCUCCCCCCAGCCGCUUCCACCCGUACGCGGCGAACCCCGUGAGCCCCGGAGCCCCUCUGUCGCCGGACGAAGCCCAGUCGGGCACGAGUAGCCCCACACAUAGCCCCUCCUGCUCGCCGCUGAUGAAGGGCUCGCCCUCAGGGGUAAUCAAACCCGUACCCAUCCCUCGAGAGAUCGGACUCAACCUCUCCACCACCGACAACAGGGUUCUGUCUGUCUGAGGGAGAGAGGGAGAGAAUCGAUGAAUGAGAGAGGGAGAGACUGACAGAGAGAAGACAAGAAACAGAGAGAGAAAGAGGGAGACUGAGGUAGAGAGGUGGAAAAAGGCCACCCUAGUCUUUGACAAGAAACAAGCACACUUUUUAGGAUGUGUUUUUGGAGUAUGUUUUUUUUUUUCCAUUUCUCCGACAUUGGAAAUGGCCCAUAUAAGGAACAAAGUAAAAACUGUUAAAAGACAAAUCCUUGUUCUCUUCUAGUCCCCAAGAGGGUAGGCGAAGACUUUUGGCCACAGAGAGGCACUAAAUUAUUUCAUGUGUGAUGACCAAACAGCACUAGAAGUGCCGCAAAAUUUAGAGGGCGCUUUUAUUAUGACCUUAUGUAGUUUGCGAGCGCCGUAAAACUCUAACUAAAUAAACUGAAAACCCUGGAGGAAGUUAAGAGAAGAGAAGCUGUCAAUGCCUCUGACUAUGGCUACCAAGAAGGGGAGCUGUCUUCCCUGAACAUUGGGGUCGGGUUGGAAAGGUUCUUCGAACAGGGCGCCCUGUUAGCUCAGUUGGCAUCAUGCUGCACUACAGAGCGGAUCGCCCAGGUUCGAGUUCCAGACUGGGGCAUUCUUGAACUCGGGUCUUUUUUUCUGGAGUCGUCCAGACUCUCAACCCAUCUGGCUCCGCCUUAUUGUAGACUGACGUUAAGUCCAGAGGUCCAGCCUCUUAAAUAACCUAACAGUCUUGAUAGGGGUUUAAAACACACACAAUUGACUCUUCGAACCCCAAACUCUGUGGUGGGGGUGGGGGGAGGCCUGUACUGGGCUUUAAACGCUACCAUUUUGCUUCGUCGGUUGUUCCAAAAAGGAACAGAAAAAAACAAAAAAACAAACAAGAAAUGUAUGUUCUCCAGUGAUUCGGUAUGUACGAAACUCGAGAUCUGUACUACAUUGAUAUAAUAUCUCGUAGUUCCUGAUUUUGUCCCCAGUUGUUCACCGCUACACCAGGGGAGUUAAAGUGGGGCAGUUUGAAUUCAUCACUGGCAUCGGUUUGGUUUGGUUUGGUUUUGUCUUGUUUAGUUUUUGUUUUUGGUUUGUUUUUGUUUUUGGUUUGCUUUUGGUUUUUUGGUGUCUUUUUUAAAAUUUCAAAUGUUUUACACCCCAAUCGACGCAGUUUAGCAUCAAUACAGUUUAGAUCAUUUUAUUUAGAAUUCCUCUUGAGGAGAUAAAAGUCUUUAUAGUCUUGCCUGUUAUGCUAGACUUGGUAUUUUCUUGGGGGCUUCGACUAGAAGAAGAUAAAACUGUUUCGUUCUUCUUGUUUGGAAAAAAAAUAAGACUCUACUCAGAUUCGAACCAUGAGCAUUCUUGCUUUGGCAAAAUUCGUCCUGCAAUUGCGCACGCACAAUGAACAAACAAAACAACCUUGUUUGGUCCUUUUGUUUCUGCCAGUGGUUUAGUAAUAAUGUACGUUUGUUUAGUAAAGGUUUUAGCCGGAAAAAAGAA